CCUACACCCCCUGAAGAGCUUCUAUGUCCCAUCACUACAGACCUGAUGGAGGACCCGGUGGUGGCGGCUGAUGGGCACAGUUACGAGCGAGAUGCCAUUGCACGCUGGUUCGCGGGUCGGCCGGGUCGGCCGACCUCGCCGCUGACGGGCGCAGUGCUGCCGCACACGGGCCUUACACCCAACUACGCGCUGCGGAAAAUCAUUGCAGACUGGCGGCAGAAGCACGGG